AUGGCGUCUGUAAGAGUAAUUAAAUAUAUUUCAUAUAAAAGGCUAGUAACUAUCUCUGGUCUAACAAAUGCACGUAUUCUUUCUUAUGAUUUGACACCGAACAUUCAGCAAAGCAUAUUGUUCAGCACAAAAAGAUCAAUUGCAAGGGCUAAUGUUGUUGAAGAAGAAAACAAAGUACAAGUUGGAUUUGCAGGAGUAGUUAAAGAGAGCACAAAAUCUAUUGGAUAUUUAAGUAUAAUACUCAGUGGCAUAGGACUCACUGGUUUCAUGUUGUAUGUCAUUUUCUAUGAACUGUUUUCUAGUAAAAGUCCAAAUGGUAUUUAUGGUAAAGCUUUAGAAGACUGUAAAAAGGAUUCUAGAGUAAUAAAUGCCCUAGGAGAACCUAUAAAAGCUUAUGGAGAAGAGAGCCGUCGUGGACGCCGUACCCACGUGAGCCAUACAAAAUUUGUAAAAGAUGGAUUAAAACACAUGAGAAUGAGAUUCUAUAUCCAAGGUAUAAGGAGACGUGGCACAGUAAUUUUAGAAGUACAAGAAAACGAAUUUGGCAAUUAUCUGUAUAGAUAUUUGUACGUACUAGUAGACGAUAUAAUGCAAACUGUUAUAAAAAUAGAAGAUAACAGGGACGAGUAUAAGAGUCCUAGUACAGGGACAGACUUCGAACUAAGCUAGUACUUCAAAUUUGCUGAAGUAGUGUAUUUGAUACAUUGUAUAAAUGUGCUUGUAAGCGAUCAGUUUAUAGGAAUAAUCUUCACGAAUAAAACCGUGGUACUCGAGGAAA